CGCUGAAGGAUUAGUAUCUGAGGCGCCGAACUACAUUUCCCAGCAUCCUCGGCGAGCAGACCGGAAGUGUCUCAUGCGUUGCUGUAGCAACUGUAGGGCGCCGUGAGAGCGGGGAGAGGAGGAAGGAGUUGAUAAGGGUCUGAGAAGGCUGAAUCGGAAAUGAUGAUGUCAUCAGAGCAGCUCUUCUGUACUCUUCCAGUCCAGACCUUUACUAGAAGGAAGCAUUCAGACGCAAGAAAACUGACAUUCAGCGCUUUUUCAGUGGGGGUGGAGUUUUACAGGCUGCUGAAACCGAACUCUGCUACUAUCAUUCCUCAUGUAUCCAACUGGGACUUGCUUAACACCGUUAUUGCUCUAUUUGACGUUUGCUUGCCUGAUAUUGGAGUGGAGGUUUUAAGAUCUACUGUGUGUGCCCAAGGAGCAAAGACCAUUCUUCUACUACGGGACCAUCAAGAGGUGCUAAAGGAGUAUCAAGACAACCUCUGGCCCAAAGGUCCUCCAAAACCAAAACCAUCUCCCACUGAAUCUAAAAAUGAGGAAGAGAAUGAGAGCACAUUCUCAGCUGUGUUCAGUGACUCUGAGAGCACAGAGGAAGAGGAUGAUUCGGAUUCAGACCAGGAGGAAAGUAAAAGAUUUCACAGUAGCCUGGAGGAAUUUCUGUCUUCGCUUACAGAACGGCGCCAUCAGAGGAGACAGCCUAACUUCACGAUAGAAGCUAUUGGAUUUGAGUGCUGCAUAGUCGCUGCUCUCACCUACAAGAAAUCUGCAAGUAAAUCAAAAGAGAAGAUCAUUGAAGUUUCCCUGCUGUCCACUAGAAGACGAUAUCGUGGAUGUGGAGCUGCCAGGUAUAUGUUACAGCUGCUGAAGGAUGUAUCCCUGGUGGGCUUUUAUGAUGCUAUUGUGACUCAUGCAGAUAGCAGAGCUAUUGAGCUAUUUGCAAGCUGUGACUUUUCUGAUGAUAUCAUUUUGAACAGCAGAUUCCGAGACCUUGCGCAGGAUUGGACAAAUACAACAACAAUGAGUUACUUCCCUCCAUUUUCUCUGGGCCAAGCCUCUCAUUUGGAUACAGAAGAUUUAGAAGCUGAGAUGACACAGUGGAGGGAAAAGUCAAUGGCUGCUCAUGAAGCCCAGGCUAUAUUCAUGAGGAGGAUACUGCAAGAAAUUAAAGCUCUGAGGAAGCAGGUAAAAUCACAGAAGUAUGAAAUUCUGAAGCUUACUGCUGAUUUAGAAAAUGAAAGACGGGAGAAAAAACUGCUGCAAAAUAAAGUUUUUGAGCAUCAGAUCAUUGAAAUAGAGAAGAUUGCAGCCUUACAGCUAGGGGAACAGAAGGAAAACGAAAAUGACAUGCCUGUGACACUACAAGACAUUGCUGUUAAAGAGAUUGAAGUAGAAGGUCAGAAGCUGGUUUUGGAAGAAAUUUUUCAGACUGCCCUCUCGUGGCAAGAUCUUGAAGAAGUCAAAACUUACUUGUCCAAACUGCAUGACACUGGUGUGCAUCAGAGACUGUAUUACUGUGACAGGAGGAGUCAGCUGGUGGAAAUAUUGAACAGAGGAUUCUCUCCAAAAGAUGUCCAGCAAAGAGAAUAUGGGAAUGGAAUAUACUUCUCAACCAGUCCCGCAGCAGCUAUAAGUACGGCCCAUCAUGUGCUUGUAGCAGAUGUGUAUGUUGGGAGGAUACAGACUAAUGGAAACAAGUCAGCAAGCAGGAGAUCUUCACCAAGUGGGUUUGAUUCCAUUCAGAUUCGAGGAAGGUGGUCUACAGAGUUUGUGAUUUUCAGUCACUUGCAGGCUAUUCCAAUCUGUUUACUAAAGUACACCAAGAGAGACUCUCCGACAGAAAACACAGCUGUAUCCAAGUAAUACACUGCUGGCAGGUUUCCAUACUAUAAGAGCCUUAUCUGUUAGUUUAUUUGUUCAAUGUUUCCUGUAAAAUGUUUAUAUAUUUUAGUUGUUUCUCAUGCCAAAAUAAAACCCAGUUUGUUAGGUUG